AUGACUGAAUCGCCAGUAUUGCUUCCAGAAGCAUCUCAGGACACUCUCUACACUUGCUCUUUGUGCAAGGUCAAGUGCAUUCACACUGAUGACAGAGUUUGCCCCAACUGUGGCUUCACGUUCAAUUUCAAAUGCCAAGGCUGCUCUAGAUUCUUGAAGUAAGUCUUUGAUUUUGUGUUUGAAUUUUAGACGAAGCACUUACGAAUGUAACAAAGUCAAAAAGAAGGUAAUCUGUACCUAUUUUCAGGCCACACAACGCAUAUUGUUCAUUCUGCGGCCAGAAGCAAAUUUCCUUUUUCCAACAGCUUCGUUACGACAUUUUUCAUCAUCGCUUUGAGAUCGUUACGGUUUCUCUGGCUUUGUUGGUCGUGUUGUACUCGAAGCGUCGUCAUCCACGUCUCCCCAGAUGCCAUAAUCAAAAGUUGGAGUUGCCUCUGCCCAACAUGGAGAAUAUCGGAAGAACCGCUCAGGAUUGGACUUCUUGGACUUUGAGCUGGAUUCCUGGCGUCAAGUAUUAG